AAGGAUGGGCUUGUUUCUCUUAUUGACAGCAAAGUCUCUUUUUUAAAAGCAAGAAAGCGCCCGACACUUGCAGUAGCUUCCUCUGCUGCUGGCAGCACAGUCGUCUGUAUUGCCAUUCCUUUCGGCAAACAUUUGCUGCCACUGUAAAGGCAUGGGUACACCCGAGUUUUCUUCCUUUAGCCGAACGGGGAUGUUUGAAGAGCUGUGUAAGUGUUCUAGAGAGACGCCUGCAGAAGAGAGCAGAGAAACAUCUGACACCUCACAGCAACCAUCAGACCGUGAAGACAAGAAUUCAGAGCUGGAGACCUCACAUCAUGAGCUGAGAAAAAGGGUAGUACAGCUAGAAGAAGAAAACAACAAGCAAAGAGUUUGGGCUGAAUCUGUUGAAACUCGACUACAGGCUCUGCUGGAGACCUCUCAAAGGCAAUAUACUGCAACUAGUUGUUCCAGCAACCCUUAUCCUCAUUACCAGGAGGGACACUGGCGCCAAGCAUUUCCUGGAUAUGUCACCCAAAAAGAGUUUCAGGAGAAAGAAGAAGAAAAUAAGAAGCUGAAAGCGAGGAUCAAAGAGCUAGAGGCAAGAAAUGAAGAGCUCUUGUCUAAAGCAAUGGGUAUGCACAAGCACUCUGAGAAUGUGAAUGACCCUUGGCGUCUCUCUGCUGUGCUGCAAAUGUAUGAGAUGUUCAGACUACGUGACUGGGAAAAAUUCAGAUCCACAUACUCUUUGACAUAUAAAAGUGGCAGCAUCAUAAUUAAGAAGCUGUUUGAUGCCUGUGAGGAAGAUAUACAGCAGAGAAAACGAAACUUAUUUGAAGUUCUUGGCAUUCCACCUUACAAUGAAACUGUGACCAAAAGCAACCAGGGAAUGAUGCAAGAAAUAAGGAAUAUUCUCAGAUAUUUGUAUUACCAAGGCCAAACAGAGUUUUACAGCAAAAUUGUCAUGCAAACUGGCAUUGGCCCCAAAACUCCCAUUCAAAGAGAGUUCACAGAGCAGUGCUGCAAAAUUUAUUGUUUGCUGCUUCUUCAGGACCCACCCCUUAAAGCUGUCUGGAACUCAGGGGAAAUAAAAUACUUAGAGCACGUGGACAAGAAAGGUUAUGAGUACUGGAAAAAACCAACAUUUCUGUGGCCCAUAAUCAAAUGUGGAGAACAAGUUGUUGUGAAAGGUGUAGUCUGGGAUGAAAAGUAGCAUGACUUCAGAGUCAAGCUGCUCACUUAUAUGACCACAAGAAGAUGAAACAGCUGCUGUGCCAGAUGCUGCUUUUCCUUCCCCCAUGAAUUGCCUGCUUUUUAGAGCUAGUAAGUUAGAUGCUUCUUGCUUGGGACGCCGAGGAUAAAUCAUUAUUUUCAAAUAUGUAUUAAAUAUUGCAGAUGUUUGCCUCAUCAGCAUGCAUACAUUUUAUGUAGCAUUUGUUCCUUGCUAUUCUUAUGAUACUGUCAGAUUACAGUGGGGGUCUCAGAAGACACGUGUGUGUAAGUAUGAGUACCCAAACACAGACAUCGAGGCCCACUCAUAUGCCCAAAGGCCACUUGUGUCCGCACAAAUGCUACCUGUCUGUUAGUACUCAGCUGCUUUCCUAUGUCUGUACAAUUUCAUAACCUUUCAGCCACAUUCCCACCACAGCUCUUGAUCAAUGUGCUCUAAAAGCAGUAUUUCACUGAAUAAGAGGGAUGUAAUGAGGCAAAUGUAUUUUUAUGUGCUUGUGUGACAAAAUAUUCCGUGAGACUCUUGAGAUUUGACAAAUAAAUCUGACUGGAAAUCCUGCUGUG